AUGUCCCUCCUCAUCGCCCCCGAACCCGCCCACCGCAACGCAACCAGCAACACGACAACCCGGCUCGCAGGCCCGGACGUCGCACCACGCCCAUCAAAGGGCGCCCCCUCGGCCCCUGGUCUGCCAGACACACUACGCAACAAGAUAACCCUCCCAGCAACUGAGCACGCCUCCUCGACCUCGUCAGGCCACACCACCGCCUCCUCGACGCACCCGCUAGAAGCCCGCCUGCUCGCCUGGCGGGCAACGCAGGACGCCCUGAAGAUGGAGGGUCUGCGACGGGCGUACGGCAUUGCCGAGCCUGUGCGCCGCGGCAUGGAGCUGAAGAUCGUACGUGAUAGCACUUUCCGCCCUGCUGUGCUGGGCGGGUGUCGGGGUGGUAAUGUCCAUGAGGAUAUUCUGGUUCUGGGGGGAAGGGAUGCGGAUGUUGCCUGGGAGGAUGUCUUUCCCGGGGAUGAGAUGCGGGAGCCGCCUGCUUUCCAUGAUGAGAUGGAGAAGCGCUUGAGGAUGGAUUAUUGA